AUGGAACCUCACCAACAACAACCAAAUGAGGAUAAUAACGGUGGCGCCAAAGGGAACUUUCUUUGCAGGCAAACCAGUACAAGGUGGAAUCCCACUACUGACCAGAUAAGAAUAUUGAAGGAACUGUACUACAUCAAAGGUGUUAGGUCCCCAAAUGGAGCUGAGAUUCAGCAGAUCUCUGCUAGGCUUAGAAAGUACGGCAAGAUUGAAGGCAAGAAUGUAUUUUAUUGGUUUCAGAACCAUAAAGCUCGUGAGAGGCAAAAGAAAAGACUCACCAAUGAAGUCCCCAUGCAACAAAGAACUGCCUGGAAACCUGAAGAUUAUUACUCUUACAAGUACUCCAACAGGUUUUCUUCGGCUUCUUCAUCUGCAAAUACCGGUGUGGUUACUGUUGGGCAGACAGAUAGCCAUGGAUAUGGAUCGGUAACCAUGCAGGAGAAGAAUUCUUGGGACUGUUCAGCACCAGCUGGUGGUAGCAAUGGUGCUGGUAGUGGAUCCAUGAGCAAUAUUAACUAUGGAUCAGGGGUUGACAUUAACUCUCACAGUUCAUCCUAUGCUGUAUUUGGUCAAGAACAAGAAGCAGCUGCAAAGAUUGAGACUCUUCCUCUAUUUCCAAUGCUUGGUGAGGACAUCAGUAGCUCUUUCAACAUCAACAAUAUCAACCCAGACUUUUAUUACAGUAGCGGCUGUGGCUAUGGUGAUUAUGGCAAUGACACUUCUUCCCGUACUUCCCUGGACCUUAGUCUCUACUCCUACAAUGGCCAACCACAAGAUUAUUAA